CAGGGUGAUGUGUAGGAAUGUGCGGAAACUUCUUCCUUGAACAGUUUGUGUGCUAGUACUUCGAUAAUAUUGACCGAAUACCGACAAGGAGUGGAUACAUAUAUACGCAUGGCUUCCCAGACGGUGUAUCCAAUGGGAUUGGUCAUGUUCUCCACCUCAGUUGGCAUGCCCAUGGUGGAGGAUGCCCAGGGGUUGGCUGAGCUUCCACACAACGAGCUGCCGGCCCCGCAGCUGGUCAUGCUCGCCAACGUAGCCUGUGAAAACCAAGCAGAAGGGAAGGAGAUGAUGGAGCUUCAAACCGUCGGCAGCUACUCCGAUAGUGAAGACGAGAACAUCAUCAGAUACAGUUACGAUAGCCAUGAGAGAGAGAUGUGUAUUGUAGACUACCCAGAGUCUCCACGGGCUGCCCUUACCCAGGUUGAGGAGAUUGACGUGGAGGAAGAAGGGAUUGACCUGUCCAAACCCUCUGACCAGCGCCCUUCUAGCCCUUUCACCCCUUCCACCCCUUCUACAUCUCUGGGCAUGAUCAUGGAGUCAGCUAAGAAGAAGAAACCCUUCUUCUGUAAACCCUGCAACUACCAGGCCCAGUGCGAGGAGGAGUUUGUAACCCACAUCAAAAUCCACAGCGCCAAUAGGAUGAUCGUGGUGAAACGCAUGGUGGGGGACAAGGCACGGGCAAAAGAGACGUUGGCGGGACCAGAUCAAGAGGCGGAGAGCGGCGAUGGCGGGGCCAACAACAAAGGGCUGAUCCGCUGUGAGCGCUGCGGCUACAACACCAACCGCUACGACCAUUACAUGGCUCACCUCAAGCACCACGAGAAGGAGGGCGACGACCAGAGGGUCUACAAAUGCACCAUCUGCACAUAUACCACCGUCAGCCAGUACCACUGGAAAAAGCACCUCAGGAACCAUUUCCCCAGUAAGCUCUUCACCUGCAACCAGUGCUGCUAUUUCUCGGACCGUAAGAACAACUAUGUGCAGCAUAUCCGCACUCACACAGGGGAGCGUCCCUUUCGAUGUCCAUACUGUGAGUACUCAAGCUCCCAGAAGACCCAUCUUACCAGGCAUAUGAGAACACACUCAGGUGAAAGGCCUUUCAAAUGUGACCGCUGCAACUACCUGGCUGCCAAUCAGCAUGAGGUGACACGCCAUUCCAGACAGGUUCACAAUGGACCCAAGCCCCUGUGCUGCCCCCACUGCCCAUACAAGACGGCUGACCGCAGCAACUACAAAAAGCAUGUGGAGCUCCACCUCAACCCGCGUCAGUUCCUUUGCCCUGUCUGCAAGUAUGCCGCUUCCAAGAAGUGUAACCUACAAUAUCACAUCAAGUCUAGACACCCUGGCUGCCCACAGAUCGCAAUGGAUGUGUCAAAGGUCAAGCUGCGUGUCAAGAAACCAGAUUCUGAUGAAUUCACUGAUGAGUACACCAUGGUGAAUGGAAUAGCAAAGUUUGAGCUGUCAGCAAUUGAUGAUGAUGCCGAGGAGGGACCAGAGAUCUCUGGAGCUGAUAAACAAUCAAGCCCUAUCAAUCUCUCGACCAAGAGAAGCAUUCCUAGCCCUGUACAAGCUGCAGAAAGUGUAUCAAUGGACAAGACCCCCAAGAAAUGUGACAACUCUCCUGUCAAAGAGACCAAGAAGAGCAGCAAACCUAGCCGUGUUCAAGCAGUAGAAAGCAUGGCAACGGACAAGACCCCCAAGAAAUGUGACGUCUCCCCUGUCAAAGAGACACCUAAAAAGGCAAAGGAGAAGGCAGAGAAAAAGGUAACACUGAAACGCAAGAGUACAGAGAUGGGCAGUGAGAAUACAAAGCAGAAUGUUACCCUGAAGGAGAGCGGGAAGGAGACAGCAGCUGCGGUUGAAAUAGCAGGUAAUAAAGUUAAGAGAAGUCCCAAAAAACAGAUGACAGGGAAAACAAGUGUUCAGGAUAAGUCCGAAAUAAAGGAAACCGUGGAAAAAGUUCAAAAGGCGGGUUUGGAAGAGGACAAUGUUGAGAAAGCGAAAUCAGUCAAGGACAGGUUAGAGAAAGAGACGCUGGAGAGGGAGAAUAUGGAGAAGGUGAAGGAGGAUAACAAGAGGCUGGAGAGGAAGAAUAUGGAAAAGGCGAAGGAGGAUAACAAGAGGCUGGAGAGGGAGAAUAUGGAGAAGGCGAAGGAGGAUAACAAGAGGCUGGAGAGGGAGAAUAUGGAGAAGGUGAAGGAGGAUAACAAGAGGCUGGAGAGGGAGAAUAUGGAGAAGGUGAAGGAGGAUAACAAGAGGCUGGAGAGGAAGAAUAUGGAGAAGGUGAAGGAGGAUAACAAGAGGCUGGAGAGGGAGAAUAUGGAGAAGGUGAAGGAGGAUAACAAGAGGCUGGAGAGGGAGAAUAUGGAGAAGGUGAAGGAGGAUAACAAGAGGCUGGAGAGGGAGAAUAUGGAGAAGGUGAAGGAGGAUAACAAGAGGCUGGAGAGGAAGAAUAUGGAGAAGGUGAAGGAGGAUAACAAGAGGCUGGAGAGGGAGAAUAUGGAGAAGGUGAAGGAGGAUAACAAGAGGCUGGAGAGGGAGAAUAUGGAGAAGGUGAAGGAGGAUAACAAGAGGCUGGAGAGGGAGAAUAUGGAGAAGGUGAAGGAGGAUAACAAGAGGCUGGAGAGGAAGAAUAUGGAGAAGGUGAAGGAGGAUAACAAGAGGCUGGAGAGGGAGAAUAUGGAGAAGGUGAAGGAGGAUAACAAGAGGCUGGAGAGGGAGAAAAAAGAGCAGCUGGAGAAACUGAAGAAUGAGAAAGAAGGAAAAGAGAACAAAAACGCAAUAAAAUCUCAGAAUACAACUUCUAAAAAAAUUGAGAAAGUGGUUGAAAAGACUGUUCAAAAAGCUCCUCAAAGUCAGGGAGCACCAGUGCAAAAACAAGGAUAUAAGAGCAAGACGAAGCCAGUGAAGAGAAAAGCUACAGAGGCCUUGGACUUAUCAAUGAAGGAAUCUCCUGAGUCCUGCACCAACAUUAAGGCCAAACGGUUAAAAAUCAAGCCUGCUGACAAGUCACAAUCAAAAGCCAGUACCCCCCGAAGCAGAACUACUGAGCAUUGCCCAGCGUCCGAGCAGAAGGACCCAGCAAACCAGAUUAUGUACUUGCCUGUAGUGAAAAAGCUGAAAGAGACCGAAAAGAGCAACAAGAAAGAAGCAAGCCCUGGAGAGACUGAGGCUUCCAGUGAGAACAAGGAGUUUUCCAUCAUUGACAACCCCAUUAGCCCCCCUGAAAGCAAAACGUGUCCUGCCACAGAGCUUCAGCCAACAGUUGUACAGGAAGAGCAGCAGGAAUCUGACCAGGAGGAGACUGUCCCCGCUCUGGAUACAUCUACAGGGCAGAGCCCGGCUGAAGAACGGCCCAAUAAUGGAGAAAACAACCUUGCACUGCAAAAUGUAUCCCCAACCAAGGACACAACCCCACGAGCUGAGCAGGCUAAGGUCGCCGAGAAAGCAGAGGAAACUCCUGAAGGCUUCAGCAGCACCGACGAGUCCCCAUCUCACAUAGAAAGUGACGUCGCUCCUGAUUUCAGACUGGCACAGGGACAACCAUCAACACCAACAACACCCUCCCUGGAGCUCCCUAGGCCAAGAGGAAAGCCUUCUGAAACCGAGGAGGACGAGGGCAUCCACAGCCAUGACGGAGGAAGUGAGAUCAGUGACAGCGCCUCGGAGGGCAGCGACGAUUCAGGGCUCAACGGGCUGGCGGCUGCCGCCGGUAAACUGGCCAAUGACCCUGAAACUCCCACAGAAGAGAUUCCGACUCCAACUGAACUCAAGAGUCACAUGUGUGUCUUCUGUGACCGUACCUUCCCCUUGGAGGCGGAGUUCCGUCGGCACUUGAAUCGGCACCUGGUGAAUGUAUACUAUCUUUGACAAUGCAUCCAAGCCGGACCAGUGAAUGUCUGCAGAGCAGGGAGCUUUGAUUCCAGCGGUGUAUUUUGCUUGACCCUUUCCCCCUGUUAUAAAACAUAUGUAUAGUUGUGUCUGUGUAAACAUAUUAACAGUACAUAUUCAGUUACCUUGCAUUAGUGCUCACUGUUACUGCUGUAUCAAAUAUUCAUUGAAUAUUCUAUGGAAUUCCUUAAACGAUCUGACAGUCUUUGUAAUACCAGCUUUAGGCAGACUAGUUAAUUUGAUUAUUGGUGUCUGGGCUUUCACGUAUUGGUUCCCAGACCGUUUGACUAUUAAUUCUACAGUUCUUGUUUUCAAACAUAAAUCAUAGAGGAUAUGUGAGUUGAUACCAUGUGAGGUCCAAAACUAAUGUUCAUGGUUUGGCAUUUGGCUGAGACAUCCAUCAAAGAAAAUAUGGGCUAUCAUUUUUUUUGCUUGUAAAUCUCAUAUGGUUAUGCAACUAACUAAAAGCUAACCAUUCUGUAAUAGCGUUGUAUAUACAGGUAACUGCCAAAAUAAAGGUGUUGGGCCAUAACAGCUUCAAUGCACCUUCUACAAGUGCCUGGAACUCUAUUGGAGGGAUGCGACACCAUUCUUCCACGAGAAAUUCCAUCAUUUGGUGUUUUCUUGAUGGAGGUGAAAAAUGCUGUCUCAGAUGCCGCUCCAGAAUCUCCCAUAAGUGUUCAAUUGGGUUGAGAUCUGGUAACUGAGACAAAAACACUUUAAACCCCC